AUGAACGCUAAAUGGCCAACAGCUGGUAAAGUCGAUCAAUCAUCAUUACGACCAACACAUACAAUAAUAUUUAUUGCACAUUCAUAUCCAUCACGUAAUGAUAUAACAUCAUUAGAUCAAUAUUUAUCAUUUGAUGAAUAUGAAAUUUUACAAUUAAAUCAAAAUUAUCUUCGACGUACACUUAAUGUCGAACAACUUGAUAUUCGUUUAACUGAUGAUAAUAACACGGAUACAACAAUGUUAAAUUAUUUAGAAGAUAUCGUACCUGAUAAACCAUUUGUACAUCUUCGUCAUUAA